AUGAGCGAGACAGCCCAAACGGCCUCGGGCCAAACUCUGACUCCAGGUCAAAUCGAAAUCAUCGUCGCUUUCGAAAGGGCCGGCGCCUCUCUCUCAAUACUGGCUCUUCUCUUAAUAUUCGGUGCAUUCGCAGCAUUGAAACGCCUUCGUACCGUACCAAACACAUUCAUCGUGUUCGCUUCUUUUGCCAAUUUGGGCGCCAGCGUCGCAUGCUUGAUGGGAUACAAUGGAGUUCAGGCAGGCAAAGAGACUCCUCUAUGCCAAGCACAGGCAUUCAUGUUUGAGCUUUUUAUGCAAUCAGAUCCAUGGUGGUCCUUUGCUAUGGCUGUCAACGUCUACAUGGUGUUCUUCUUCGCCGCAAACCCCAAGAGCUUCCUGUGCUAUUGGUGGGCCUACGUUAUCGUCUGUUACGGUAUUCCAUUGAUUCCAUCAUUAUGGCUCUUGCUAGUUCAUGAUGAACAGGACGGGUCCGUGUAUGGUGAUGCUACUAGACUAUUCGUGAACGCGGCUAGUAUGGGCGGGAUCGCGGCCCAGGUGACACAGACUACCACAAUACACCAUGUGAACGUUCAACAAGAUCCCACAUGUCAGUCAUCCGGGACGGCUAAUUGGUUCGAUUCUCCAACUAGAGACACUACGGAUCAUGAGAUUAUCGAUGGCAACCCCCUCUCGCCAACGUAUCACACCGUUACGCACAUUACUGCGAGCCGCACUCCAAAAGAACCAUGGCACAGCCGUCUACGUAAGGCAUACACAAGAUGGUGCAGCAAAUUCAGCAACAUGGACCCUAUCAAGCUAGCGUACUUGAGAACAUCCUUUGUCUUUGCUAUAUCGGUCUUGGUGACCUGGACCCCAAGUUCGAUCAACAGGGUUCAUGACCUUGUCGCUAGAAGUGGCGCUAGUUUCGGACUCAAUCUGGCAAGCGGCAUUGUGCUCCCAUUGCAGGGUGUUUGGAAUGCAGUCAUAUUCUUUUCAACAAGUUGGAGGGCACUAAAGGAAGAAAUUCUUGGUGCUGUCUGCAGAGCAAAGGGGCUACCUCGGGGCCACCAAGCAGCAAGUGCGGUCCGGAACGAAUGGGAUAAAGGCCUUGAGCUGGACCAAAGACCAGGUCGCAUUUGCCGGGACGAUGCGGCCAGUGAAGUCACUGGGAGUACGAUGAGAAUUAUGCGUGACGGUUCACUGAGCAGUCUGUAA